AUGAAUAAUAAGGAAAACCUGGUAAAACAAUACGCUGAAGUUGCUGAAGAAGCCGUCUUAGGUUGGGAGAAGGCUGAGUCAGAAGCCGCGAAACAGAAAAAUCACCUGGAAUCCGUUACUCUUUUGAAGCUUACUGCUGAAGACAGGACAUCACAUCUGGAUGGUGCACUGAAAUUACAUCUGGAUGGUGCACUGAAGGAGUGCAUGCGGCAGAUACAAAAUUUGAAAGAAGAACAUGAACAGAAGCUGCAUGAUGUGAUUCAGAAUAAAACCAAGCAGUUUGACAAAAUGAAGCAUGAGUUUGAAGAAAAAUUAGCUAACCUGGACCAACAGUUACUCAGGUCUGAAGCAGAAAUUGAGAUGUUGAAGAGCGAUAUCGAGUCAUGUGAAAGGGAAAUAAAUUCUCUGAAAUAUGAACUCCAAAUUAACUCAAAGGAACUAGAAAUUCGUAUUGAGGAGAAAAAUAUGAGCGUACGGUCUGCAGAAGUUGCAAAUAAGCAACACCUGGAGGGAAUGAAGAAAGUUGCAAAAUUGGAAGCAGAGUGUCGGAGAUAA